AGUCCAAACCUACAGUCACUGAGUCCUGAUUGUGACACUGGGGCCCAGUUUGCACUGCAGGAUCCAGAGAUGGCAUCAGUGAAGCUGGAAGACUGCAGUCAAACACUGGAGCUGAAUGUCAACAUUAAAGAUGAAGAAGAGGAGGAGAAGAUUGGGAAAUCUGUUAGUGAUGGAGACCAUGUUGAGACAUUCUCUACAUCCAGAGAGCAACAGCAGGAAGAUCACAGAGCGAAGAGGUCUCACCACUGCCCACAUUGUGAGGAGAUUUUCCCAUUUCUGUCAAAGCUUAAAAUACACCUAAAAAUACACACAGGAGUGAAUCGGUAUUCCAAUACUGAUGGUGGGAAGAAUUUCACAUCAUUAAAGGCUCUGAAAGUUCAUCAGAGAGUGCAUACAGGAGAGAAGCCUUAUUCCUGCUCUGACUGUGUAAAAUGCUUCACAACAUCAACUGAGCUAAAAGUUCAUCACCGAACACACACAGGAGAGAAGCCUUACUCCUGCUCUGAUUGUGGAAAGAGUUUCUCUCAACUGGGCACCUUAAAACAACAUGAACGUAUACACACAGGAGAGAAGCCUUACUCCUGCUCUGACUGUGGGAAGAGGUUCUCUGUACUGGACCACUUAAAAACCCAUGAACGUAUACAUACGGGCGAGAAGCCUUACUCCUGCUCUGACUGUGUAAAAUGCUUCACAACAUCAACUGAGCUAAAUGUUCAUCAGAGAACACACACAGGAGAGAAGCCUUACUCCUGCUCUGAUUGUGUAAAAUGCUUCACAACAUCAACUAGGCUAAAAGUUCAUCAGAGAACACACACAGGAGAGAAACCUUACUUCUGCUCUGACUGUGGGGUGAGUUUCUCUCUACUGGGCCACUUAAAACGACAUGCACGGAUACACACAGGAGAGAAGCCUUACACCUGCUCUGACUGUGGAAAGAGUUUCUCUCUACUGUGCCACUUAAAACGACAUGCACGGAUACACACAGGAGAGAAGCCUUACUCCUGCUCUGAUUGUGUAAAAUGCUUCACAACAUCAACUGGGUUAAUAGUUCAUCAGAGAACACACAAAAGUUAAGCUUUACUCUUCCUUUUACUAUGGGAAGAGUCUCUGAACUGAACCAGUUAAAAUAACAUGAACAUAUACACAGGAGAGAAGCCUUACUCCUGCUCUGAUUGUGGAAAGCGUUUCUCUUGAGUGAGCCAGUUAAAAAGACACCAUGGUAAAAAUAAAGGAAAUAGGCCCCUUGAUCUGACUAGAAAAUGUUUUAAAACAACAGCUGAGCUAAAAAGUCACCAGAGAACACACAUAGGAGAGAAGCCGUAUUUUGCUCUCAUUGUGGCAAGAGUAAAAACACAUCAACGGAUACACACUUGAGAGAAGCCUGAUCACUGCACUGACUGUGAGAAGAGAUUCUACAGACUGGGCCAUUUAAAACGACACCAAUGUAUACAUAGAGAGAAGACUCAUCAGUUCUCUCAGACCAGCUAAGAUUUGUCACUCCACUUAAUUCUCAUCUCAUUAAGUAAUUGGCAAUGUUGAAUUGGAUCAAAUGAAGAAAGCGUAGAACACUCUAUUGUAAUCCUAUUGUUUCUCACUGUGAGAGAACUGUGCAGAGGAAAUGGAGUGUUAUAGAAUGUUAGCCUCUCUUUACUUUACUGAUCAGUGUGCACCUGGUCAGUUUUGGUGAGUUUUGUUAGCUUCUACUGCAAAGAUAUUGAGCUGACCUUGGAUUUGCCCUUAAGGUAGAAUAUCCUCUGUGAGGCUGGUUGACUGGGUGGUACUGCUUCCCUCUGCAGGUUUCUGUGGGAAAGAGCUGGUAGACACAACAUGUACAGAGUGUACAAAACAUUAAGGACACCUGCUCUUUCCAUGACAUAGACUGACCAGCUGAACGCUAUGAUCCUUAACUAUUUAGUUUUUGUGUAUUUAUUAUGGAUCCUCAUUAGCUUUCAGCAAAAAUCAACAAACUGCUAUUGCAGUGGGCCAAGGAAUGAAAACACUGGACACUAGAAAAUUGGAAACAUACUGCCUGGUCUGAUGAAUCCCUGUUCCUGCUGUUUCAUGCUGAUGGGAGGACUGGGGGAGGAAACCACGAGGACAUACAUCCAGUGGUGGAAAAAGUACCUUAAUAGAAAAUUACUCAAUUAAAAGUGAAAGUCACCCAGUAAAAUACUACUGGAGUAAAAGUCUAGAAGUAUUUGAUUGUAAAUAUACUUAAGCAUCAAAAGUAAAAGUAUGAAUCAUUUCAAAUUCUUUAAAAUUAAGCAAACCAGACUGUACAACUGUGUUUAAAAAUAUAUAUAUUACGGAUAGCCAGGGGCAGACUCCAACACUCAGACAUCAUUUACAAACUAAGCAUUUGUGUUUAGUGAGUCUGCCAGAUCAGAGGCUGUAGGGAUGACCAGGGUUGUUACCUUGAUAAGUGUGUGAAUUAGACUUUUUUCUGUCCUGCUAAUCAUAAAAAAUGUAACGAGUACCUUUGGGUGUCAGGGACAAUGUAUGGAGUAAAAAGUGCUUUAUUUUAUACUGGAAUUUGGUGAUAUAAAAGUUGUCAACAAUAUGAAUAAAUAAAUAUUAAAGUACAGAUACAACUAAAGUAGGUCUUUUAAAUAUUUUAUUCUUAUGUACAUUACACCACUGCAUGCAUCCAUGCCGUGUGUCAGCAUUGCAGGCUGGUGGUGUGAUGGUUGGGGUGUGUUUUCAGGACACACAUUGGGCCCCCUGAUAAAAGUUGAACAAUGUUUGAAUGCUACAGGAUAUCUAAAGAAUAUCAGGUGCCUCCCUUCACUGCAGCAGUGUAUCCAUCUGCAAAUAGAUUUCUUCAGCAGGAUUAUGCCACAAGGCUUGUCCAGGAAUGGUUCCAAGAACAUGACAGUGAAUUCAGUUUACUGCAGUGGCCUGACGAGUCACCAGAUCUCAAUCCAAUUGUUCAUCUGUGGGAGGAGAUGGAACAAGAUAUUCGGAGUAGAGAUCCACUCCCAGCCAACCCAACACAUCUUUGGGAAUCAUUGGAGUCAUCAUGGGCCAGAAUCCCUGUGGAAUGCUCUCAACACCUUGGACAUUCUAUGCCCCGAUGAAUUGAGGUGGGGUGCAACUCCUAAUGUUUAGUGUAUAUCAGAAAAGUUGGUGUGAUGAUCCGUUUUCAGCAUUAGUUUGGGUGGAUCAUUUAAUAUUACUAAACAACUUGUUUAAUGAUGAACAGGCUAUGAAUCAUCUAAUUGUGUUUAUUAAAUUGUAUUUUAAUAGUAGAUUCAUUAUUUUAGUCAUUGAUGAUGAAUGUAUUUGAAUAACUGUAUUGAAGUUAAUUGAUCUGGCGGCAGGUAGCCUAGCGGUUAAGAGUGUUGGGCCGGUUGCUGGUUUGAAUCUUAAGCCGACUAGGUGAAAAAUCGGUCAUUGUGCCUUUGAGCAAGGCAAUUAACUCUUAUUUGUCCUAUAAGUUGCUCUGGAUCUGUUGCAUCUGCUAAAUGACAAAAAUGUAAUGAAAAAUGUUUGUACAUGAAUUUAUGCUGGGCAACUGCUUUUUUUCUCUUGUGUAAUUAAAUAAAAUAAACUGUUUAAAGUGAAAUACUGUAUAUACAAUACACAACAUGACCACUUUGUUUACCCUGGCCAGAGGGACAGGACCAUAGUAAACUAGACUUGCAGCUGCUGUUAGUAGCCUACAGUUUCCAUGCAAUAACACAUGUUAGAUUGCUAAUGAUUAGGUGUAUAGGCUGCUACAUUUCUGCAAGAGUUUUUGCUGGUGUCUAUCGGGAGUGAUGUAUUAUCAUGCUGACCAAAGAAGCUACUAGAGGGAAGUGGAGAGUGCGUCUUGAGCUUUGUGUGUUGUGCCCGGCCUGCCCGACAUGGUCAAGAGAGGCAGAGGGCAUGCAGCAGCACUCCGAAGUGAAGACCUGUACAAAAUUGUAUGAUUGUAGUACAAUGAAAAAAAUAUAGCAUGGUAUUUUUGUGGAAUGGUAGUGACCAAAAAACUAUAUAUUUUCCAUUGUACUAGACCUAGGAGCCUAGAAGAUAAUAAUAGCCUGGAAGUAAAGCUGCACUGGGAGACACAUCUAAUGGAAUACAUUGAAUACAUUCAGCAGGGUGGAACAAUCACAGUAAAACAUGAUUUAAAUGUAUUGUUGGAAGGGCUGUGGUCACCAUUCAUGUAAUACAUUAAAUAUAUACAUCAGAUGGUA